AUUAACAGCUGUUCUGUUGACAAAUGAGAAAAAUGUAAACUGUGAAGUUCUCUACGGUAAAUAAUUUUCUUGUUUAUUUAUUAAUAAAUAAAACACUCAUACCGUAAAUAAAUAAUGGAUUUCGACAGUCCGGAUGUGGAAAAAGAUUUUCCUGGGCUGUAUGCCUCUGAGGGUGGAGAUGGAAAAUCGAAAAAGAGCAAAGAAGAUAGCGAUUAUAGCGAAAGCGACCAUGAUAAAUUAAGUAAAAAGGACUUGCUUAUUGGUAGAAGAAAGGACAAGAAAGAUAAAGGCAAAGACCGCGGUUAUGCGGCGUUGGAGGGAGAAAGCUCUCCAGAGGAGGAUUUGGAUGCCAAAAGUCCAUCGAAAUCCAAAAAAUCAAAGGCAUUCAAAUUUGCUUCUUCAAAAAGUAAAGAGAAGCGUGAAAAGUCGCGUGAUAAGGAAAAGUCGGAGAAGGAGGCACGGGAAGAUGAAAAACCGCAGGAAAAGGUAAAGACGGAAAAAGAAAAGGAUCAUAAGAAGAAAGAUAAGGAGCGCAAGGAAAAAGAAAAGAAGGAAAAAUCAAAAGAUAAAGAAAAGGAUAAAGACAAAAAGGACAAGAAGGCAAAACAAGUAAACAAUGUAUCUGUGGAAGUACUUGAAUUGGGCGACGUACAGCCAGUUUUCGGAGUUUCAGUUAGUUUAGCCACGGAACGGAGCCGCUGUCAUGACGGUGUUGACCUACCGCUUGUGGUGCGCGAUUGUAUAGACUACCUUCAAGAGCACGCUCUUAAAAGUGAUCAAAUCUAUAAAGUAGAACCGUUAAAAACACGCAUCCAACAUUUCAAACGUCUGUAUAAUAAUAGAGAAAGGCAACCAGAAACAGAUGAAUUGGAUAUACCAACGGCCUGCGCGCUGUUGAAAUUGUUUUUACGUGAAUUGCCUGAACCGAUUUUAACCACGGAUUUGAUAUCACGUUUUGAAGAUGCGGCAUCAAUUAAUUCGCAGAGCAAACAACAGGAGGAGCUAAAACAACUACUUGAACUACUUCCCAGCUGCAACCGAACACUGUUAUCAUGGAUUCAACUCCACUUUAACGCGGUUAUUCUACAUGGUAAACAUAAUAAACUAACAACCGAAUCGUUGGCAAUGCUGUUAAGCCCACCCAUGCAGAUGUCACACCGGCUGUUGGUUGCGCUGUUAUCUCAAAGUGAGAUCUUGUUUGCUGAUAUGACUCUUAUCAAAUAUAUUCCUCCAAUAACAGCAUCAAGUCCGAAACUCCCAGAAACUCCGGAAGAUAUUCAAGUAGAGCUACGCAAACAAGAAAGCUUACUAGCUCAAAUUCACGCAGAAAUGAAUGCUGGUUUCGUUUCCAAAAAACGCGAGGAACAGCUAUGGGAAGUGCAACGCAUAAUUACUCAACUUAAACGCAAAUUACGCAGCUUUGAGAAGCGACAAGAAAAGUCAAUGGAAGAGUCACAAACAGCCAGCACAUGUACACUACCCAAUAGCAGUGACACGACUGACUCAAAAUCCACCCAACCACUUCAAGGUUGUGAUGCACCCCUCGUAAAUGGAUCGGCCAAAACGCCCAUAAAAUCCGUGUUUAUUAAAGACGAAACUAAAAUUAAAACUAAUACCAAGUUUACUACUGAGUCACCGGAAACAACUGCAACAAGGAGUUCUUUAACCCACGACAAUGUAGAUUAUGAAGCAACUGACGUAUUGCAAAAUGAACCACAAAAUGUCAUCCAUUCGGAAGAAUCGCAACUUGCAGUAGAUGGUACACAUCCUGAUGGAUUUUACAUUGAUGAAGAUUCUUCCUUCCUAAUGGUACCUAAGACACAUCCUGAAUAUUCUGAACUAAUUAGAUUGCAAUUAGAAAGUCAGGAGUUACUUGCUUGGAAGAAUCAAUUACAGGCGCGUAUUACUGCAGAAAGAGCGGAAGUAUUAAGGCUAAAACAACAACAUCAACAGCUAUUGGCUGCAAAUUGUGCAAAUGUAGCCUCAGACGAUGCUGCGGCUGGUGGCGAUGGUGAUUACGAAAAAAUAAUAGAGCACUAUAUACGCGAGAACACCUUAUUGGAACACAAAAAGCAAAUGCUUGUCCAAGAGAUAUUCGACGAGAGGCGCGAAUGCAUUGCAAUGCAAGUGGAAUUGGCGCUGCAAAAAUUUAAAAUUUAACGAACAAAUACAUAGGUCUAAAUAUGUACAUAUGUUUAGGCGCGUACCGCCAUAAACAUCUAUGUAUGCAAAAAAAGUUUUUAUAUUUUUUAGGUACAAAUCCCUUUCUUGCUGGAAGAUAUUCAUAACUCAACAAAACAAAAAACGGCUUUAAAGCUUUUGGUCAAUGUUUUCCUAUUACUUUCCUGCUAUAUUUGCUAACCAAAGUGAAAAUGAGUAAAGCUGCACAAUUGACCCUAAUUUUGACACAACAUAAAAGAAAAGCCAUUUUAGAUUAUGACAAUCUUCCAGGAAACGAGCGAUAUAUACACACAUACAGUCAGUGUCAAAUGUAUGUAAGUGUACACCUUGUUCCAACUAUUUUCAUGAAAAUUUUUUUCAUGUUUCAACCAUUAAUUUUGUAGAAUUUUUUUGUCUAUUUUUGUAUGGAAGAAAAUGCGCAACACCCUCCACAAAAAAAAAAUCUAAAAAGACAACGGUAAUUCCGAGCGACUUUGAACUUGCACUUUGUUUUACUAAAAUUGAACGGGCUACAAAACUGCAUACUCUAAAAUUUUCUAGAAAUUCUGAAU